UCUCUCAAAGUCACUGACGUCACAGCGGAAGUGGUGGGGUUUCUGCUGAAUGGAAGCAUGCGUGUGUGUACAGGGCCGUGAUCUGGAUUAACAGUAUUUAAUACUCACAGUAUUCCAUAUAACAUACAGUUUAUAGAGAGAAGGUGGUGGCGCCAUGGUACCUCUUUUACUCCCAUCUCUGCUUGGGUCGCUGACUCGGCAGCUGUCUCGGGCUGUGCAGUAUGCUUCUGUUGCGUGUCUUCCUCCUGUCGGAGCACAUCGCUGCAUGUCCACCAUCACUGCUGCUGUGAUUCAGGCCAGGGGAAGCUUUCAGUCCCGGCACAGUCUCUUCCGAACGCCGUUACUCGGACAGAACCUGCAACAGUUCGUGGUCAUGCAGCCGUCGAUGGGCAUGAAAACCAAAACGGCUUUGAAGAAACGCUGUAAAGACUGCUUUUUCGUCCGUCGCCGUGGGCGACUGUAUGUCUUUUGCAAAAGCCACCCGAGGCACAAACAGCGGCAAGGGUGAACCUGUAGUAAAGGGUUUUUGAUCACUGAUUGUUCUGUCAUAAUAAAGUUUUGUCACUUGCAUGAA